AUGAAGCUCGUCAGAUUUUUAAUGAAAUUGAACAAUGAGACGGUAACGAUUGAGCUCAAAAAUGGUUCAGUCGUGCACGGCACAAUCACAGGUGUUGAUAUGCAAAUGAACACGCACUUAAAAACUGUAAAGAUGACUGCGCGAAACAGGGAACCAACGACGCUUGACUCGUUGUCAAUCCGGGGGAACAACGUGCGGUAUUUCGUGCUGCCUGAUGCGCUGCCGCUGGAUACGCUGCUGGUAGAUGAUGCGCCGAAGCCGAAAGGCAGGAAGAAAGAGGAUGUUCGAGGUCGUGGACGUGGACGGGGUGGUCCUGGAGAUCGUGGAAGGGGUCCUGGUCGUGGACGUGGACGAGGCAGAGGAAGGGGUUUCUAG